GUGAGUAAAGUUAUGAUGAUGAUAGGAGGAGGAAGCAGGUACUGUUCAAAGGAGGAUAAAAAAAUCUAUCAACAAUGGUUCACCUUUCUCGAUUCAGAUGGCAAUGGUCGGGUAACAGGGGAGGAGGCAACCAAGUUUUUGUCAAAAUCGAAUUUAGAAAAAUGGCAGCUUAAGCAGGUUUGGGCAAUUGCAGAUUCCAAACGUCAGGGUUUUUUAGGUUUAACUCAAUUCAUCACUGCUAUGCAGCUGGUCUCGUUGGCACAAGCAGGAUAUGAAUUGAAUUCAGACCUACUAACAACAAAACUUGCUGCUGCUAAUAAUGUUCCUUUUGAUUUCGAGCUUUUGAAACCUCCGGUUAUUCAUGGUUUGGAUUCACUUUUGGAGGAUUGUUCAACAAACAACAGCAACAACCACCACCACCCUUCUGUUGUCCCAUCAAACAACUUGCUUACUAAAACACUGCUUCCUAAAAAGGCAUCUUCUCAAGCCUCUCUUGGUAAAGUCACAUCUAUCGUUGAUGGGUUGAAAAGACUCUAUAAUGAUAAACUAAAACCGUUGGAAGUUGCUUAUCGCUUCAAUGAUUUUGCAUCUCCUUUAUUGACAAAUAGUGAUUUUGAUGCGAAACCUAUGGUGAUGCUUCUUGGUCAGUAUUCGACUGGGAAGACAACCUUUAUUAAGCAUCUUUUGAAGUGCAACUACCCAGGAGCUCACAUUGGACCUGAACCGACAACUGACAGAUUUAUCGUUGUGAUGGGUGGGCCUGAUGAGAGAAGUGUACCAGGAAACACUAUUGCUGUACAGGCAGAUAUGCCGUUCAAUACCCUCUCUACUUUUGGAGGCACAUUUCUAUCAAAAUUUGAAUGUUCUCAAAUGCCACAUCCUCUUCUGGAGCAUAUCACACUUGUUGACACUCCCGGAGUUUUAUCUGGAGAGAAGCAACGUACACAAAGAAGUUAUGACUUCACUGGGGUGAUAAAGUGGUUUGCAGAAAAAUGUGACCUUAUUCUUCUUCUGUUUGACCCUCAUAAACUGGAUAUAAGUGACGAGUUCAAGCGUGUGAUAUCGUCUUUACGUGGUCAAGAUGAUAAGGUCCGUGUUGUCCUUAACAAGGCAGACCAAGUUGAUACCCAACAAUUGAUGCGCGUUUAUGGUGCAUUGAUGUGGUCACUUGGAAAAGUACUCAACACACCUGAAGUAACACGUGUUUACAUUGGAUCAUUUAAUGACAAACCAAUUAAUGAAGAAUCGGUUGAUUCUAUGGGAAAAGAGCUUUUUGAAAAGGAACAAGAUGACCUCCUUGUUGACUUGAUAGAUAUACCAAAGAAAGCUUGUGACCGCCAGAUAAAUGAAUUUGUUAAGCGGGCUCGAGCUGUGAAGAUUCAUGCUUAUAUAAUCAGCCAGCUUAAAAAGGAGAUGCCUGCUGUGAUGGGAAAAUCUAAAGCUCAGCAAAAGCUCAUGAAGAAUCUUGAAGACGAGUUCGCAAAGGUACAAAAAGAGUAUCAUCUGUCAGCUGGUGAUUUCCCGGAUGUAGAGCACUUUAGGGAAGUUCUUGGUGGGUAUAACAUCGAUAAGUUUGAGAAACUGAAGCCAAAGAUGAUUCAGGCUGUGGAUGACAUGCUCGGAUAUGACAUUCCGGAUCUCUUAAAAAACUUCAGAAAUCCUUAUGAAUAAAGUUUUUCAAUUUAAACCUCAUUAUGGUGGAUAUCUUGUCCAUUUGCUCCUUUUUGUGUUUUCAACUCUAGGUAUUUUUAUCAGGAUUUUCUUCAUGCCAAAGGUUUUAGUCCCUCUGGAUUUUGAAAUUGCA